AUGGAACGCAGCCAAAGUGGCACUCUAUCUCCAUCAUCAUUACAAUCACAACGACAACAACAACAACAGUUGUUGAUUGGUUAUAUUCUCUCACGAAAAAAACUUUCAAAACUUCGUUUUGAUCAAUUUUUACUGCUAUGUAAACAAUCUCAUAUAGAUACAGUUGAACUAACACAUGAUUAUUUCAAACAAUCAAAUGUUCGUAUUCCACAAUUAAUAAUUCAUAAACUCGAAGAUGAUACAAAACAUGAUUCACUCAAUGAAAAAAUUCGUUCAUUAUCAAAAUCAUCAACAAUAAUCCUCGAUGAAUUUGAAUCCAUAUCAAAAGUAUUAAAUCGUUAUAAACAAUAUUCAUUAUUAGAUUCAGGUAAAAAUCAUUAUAUUGUUCCACCUUUUAUUCAUGUUACAAAAAAUGAUAAUGAAUCAAUGAUUGAAAAAAUGUUAAUUAAUAAUCAAAUAUCAUUUCCGAUUAUGUGUAAACCAAUUCAAGCUCAUGGUGGUAAAUCACAUGAUAUGAAACUUAUUUUUGAUGUCGAACAUUUAAAUGAUAUUGAUAAACCAUGUGUUUUACAACAAUUUAUUGAUCAUGAUGGCGUUCUAUUUAAAGUUUUCGCUAUCGGUCGAGAUAAUUAUCAUAUUGUACGAAGAAAUUCUAUACGUAAUCUUCAUGAUCAUCCAUCUCGAGAUACAAUAUCAUUUCAUUCCAGUGAAGUUUCAAGUUCUCAAGCUGCUCAUGAACUUUUAUCAACGAAUCAAGCAAUAGAUAUUAUGUUUGAUCAUACAAUUGUUAAUACAAUCAUUAAAACCGUACAAAAUUUAUUUGAAUUAAAUCUUGUCGGUAUUGAUAUAUUUAUUGAUCGAAAUACAGGUGAUUAUGCUGUUAUUGAUGUUAAUUAUUUUCCAGGCUAUGAAGGUAUUACUGAUUUCAGUACACAAUUAUUUCAUCUAUGUCAACAUUUACUUCAAGUUUCCUGA